GCCGGAAGUGUUCGUGUCCCGGCGGCUCGUGCAGACGGAGCUCCGGUUGUAGCUCCGGUUGUCUCAGACCCGGACAGACAUGGGGGAGGCCGACGUGACGCUGAGCCAGGCCGAGGAGAAGCCCCCGGAGCCGGGGCUGGGCUCCGGGGAGGAGCCGGUGGUGUGGAGCCACGAAGUGGAGGUCUGUCUGUUCCACGCGAUGAUCGGACACAAACCUGUCGGAGUAAACAGACACUUCCACAUGAUUUGCAUUCGAGACAAGUUCAGCCAGAACAUUGGCCGUCAGGUCUCCUCCUCCGUGAUCUGGGACCACCUGGGAACCAUGUACGACAUGCAAGCUCUGCACGAGUCGGAGAUCCUGCCGUUCCCAAACUCGGAGAAGAGCUUCAGUCUACCUGACGACAUCAUCCAGGAAGUGAAAGAAGGUAAGCUGGGCUCGGAGGAGGAUAGCAAAGAAGAGUUCAAAAUGGAGAGAGAGCCUCCUGCUACACAUGAAGAAGGGAGCAACUCCUCAGUGAAGAUGUCGGAGCGAACGAGCAGCGGUCGGGACAAAGAGAGAGAGCGUGACAAGGAGAAAGGAGGGAGCGAGGGAGGAGCAGCUGCUUCGUCGGGAGCUGCAGGAGGAGGAGGAGGAGGAGGUGGAGGAGGUGGGGGGAGCGGAGGAGCAGGAGGGAAGGAGGCGGAGAAGAGGAAGAGGAGCCGGGCGGCCGAGAAGCUCCUGUCCUCCUCCAACCCGGCGAGUCCCGGAGGCGUGAAGAGGAGGCGCACCUGAGGAGGGGGGCGGGGCCUGAUCGGACUUUGACAGACUGAGAUGGAGAGGAGGCGGAGCCAGUGUCGCGACAGGAAGUGACACGCGUGACUGUGUUAGUGAGGUUAAUGUGUGCGUAGUUUGUGGGGGGGGGUCUGGACCCUCGGGUUUGUUCUGUUUGGCUCAUCUUCGUCAUCUUCAUCAUCAUCAUCCUCCCUCCGUUCACUUGAUCGGCUCUCGGCUGCUGCUGCAGAAACUCCUCUGAGUGUGUGAGGUUCACACGCAGCAGCAAACGCCUUGCAGCCAGGAAGAGGAGAGGCUUACACACACACACACACACACCUAAAGAUAAACGCAGUAACACACAGUUCCUCCUCUCAGAACCGAUCUGCAGCAGUGACGCAGCCUCCUGCUCACCUGCAGCAGCUGCAGAUGUAAGUGAAUAUGUGUUAAAGCUGAGGGUACAGUGUGUGACGUGAGUUCGAGCCCCCGGUGGAGGUGUGGGGGUUCUCGGGCGGUCACCCUGACGGUGUGUUUUCAGUUUCUCACACUUUCAGUUUGAAGCCGAGCAUUAAAAUAAGACUGUUAAACUGCAAUAAAAUUGUGUUUGUGAAGCUCAAAGUUCAGUUUUUCCUCUGAUCC